UGGUGGUGUUCCUUGCGCAAAUCUCGAAGCAGGGGCAGCGUCAAGCCGUCAACCCGGCUCCUGGCAAAGGAGCAGAGCCGAGAUCCCCCAGCAAUGGCGGCGGCGCAGUGAGCUCGCCGCCGAUUGCCAACAUGCGGGCGACGCCACCGCCGCCGCCGCGUCCCCCGGCUCGCGCGUACCCAGGAACGUCUCCCAUGGGCUCGUCUCCAGCCUUGCCGCGCUCCACCAACCCGGCGGCGCUCCUCGCCCACCUCGCCGCCGUCCUCACCUCGCCCGACUGGUUCCUCAACCCUUCCCUGCCCCGCCUCCCUGCCCUGCUCACGCCGUCCCUGCCGGAGUCGCUCCCCGUCCCGCUCCCCGUCCGCCUCGCCGCCGCGGCGGCCAGGGUGGCCGCGCCGUCCCGCCACCUCCUCGCCGUCGCGCUCCCGGUCGUCCUCCGCCUCCACUCCCUCUCGCCCCCGCCGCUCCGCCCGCUCUUCGACCGCCCCUUCGCCUCCCUCCUCGCCCACCUCUCCCGCUUCGCCCUCGCGCCGCUCGCCCUCCGCCUCUUCGCCCACAUGCACCGCCACGCCCCGCCGGCGCCGACAGCCCCCACCUACAACGCCGUCAUCCGCUCCCUCUGCCGCCGCGCCGACCUCGCCCGCGCCCUGCGGUACCUCAGCCUCAUGGUCCGCUCCGGCUGGCGCCCCGACGCCUACACGUUCAACUCCCUCAUCGUCGGGUAUUGCCGCACCAACCAGGUCGACGUUGCCCGCGACCUGUUCGACAAAAUGCCCCUGAGAGGGUUCGCCCAGGACGUGGUCUCUUACGCCACGCUGAUUGAGGGGCUUUGUGAGGCGGGGAGGAUUGACGAGGCAGUGGAGUUGUUCGGGGAGAUGGACCAGCCAGACAUGCACAUGUAUGCAGCCUUAGUGAAGGGGUUGUGUAAUGCGGAGCGGGGGGAGGAGGGGCUUCUCAUGCUGCGUAGGAUGAAGGAAUUGGGGUGGCGGCCAAGCACCCGUGCUUAUGCAGCUGUGGUUGAUUUCCGGUGUAGGGAGCGUAAGGCCAAGGAGGCUGAGGAAAUGCUUCAGGAGAUGUUUGAAAAGGGAUUGGCACCGUGUGUUGUGACAUGCACUGCGGUGAUAAAUGCAUAUUGUAAGGAGGGAAGGAUGAGCGAUGCAUUGAGGGUGUUGGAGUUGAUGAAGUUGAGGGGGUGCAAGCCAAAUGUGUGGACAUAUAAUGCAUUGGUCCAAGGGUUCUGUAAUGAAGGAAAGGUGCACAAGGCGAUGACUUUGUUGAACAAGAUGAGAGCAUGUGGAGUCAACCCAGAUGCUGUGACAUAUAAUUUGUUGAUUCGGGGCCAAUGCAUUGAUGGACAUAUAGAGAGUGCUUUCCGAUUGCUACGUUUGAUGGAAGGAGAUGGUUUAAUUGCUGAUCAGUACACAUAUAAUGCGUUGAUCAAUGCUCUCUGCAAGGAUGGAAGAACUGAUCAAGCUUGCUCCCUUUUUGAUAGUCUAGAAACUAGAGGCAUAAAACCUAAUGCCGUGACAUUCAAUUCCUUGAUAAAUGGGUUAUGCAAGUCUGGUAAAGCUGAUAUUGCAUGGAAAUUUUUGGAAAAGAUGGUUUCUGCAGGUUGCACACCCGAUACUUACACAUACAGUUCAUUUAUUGAACACCUAUGCAAGAUGAAGGGGUCACAAGAAGGUCUGUCCUUUAUAGGGGAGAUGCUACAAAAGGAUGUGAAGCCCUCAACAGUCAAUUAUACAAUUGUGAUUCAUAAGCUUUUAAAGGAGAGAAACUAUGGAUUGGUUGCGAGAACCUGGGGCGAAAUGGUUUCAUCAGGUUGCAAUCCUGAUGUAGUCACUUAUACAACGUCUAUGCGUGCUUACUGCAUUGAAGGAAGACUAAAUGAAGCAGAAAAUGUUUUGAUGGAGAUGAGCAAAAAUGGGGUCACUGUAGAUACAAUGGCAUACAAUACUCUGAUGGAUGGACAUGCAAGUAUUGGACAGACAGAUCAUGCAGUCUCAAUCUUGAAACAAAUGACAAGUGUUGCUUCUGUGCCAAACCAGUUUACUUAUUUUAUCUUGCUUAGACAUCUUGUACGCAUGAGAUUAGUGGAGGAUGUGUUGCCUUUGACCCCAGCUGGUGUGUGGAAAGCCAUAGAGCUUACUGAUGUCUUUGGGUUGUUUGAUGUAAUGAAGAAGAACGAAUUUCUUCCUAAUUCAGGAACUUAUUCUUCCAUUCUAGAGGGGUUUUCUGAAGAUGGAAGAACGGAAGAGGCGACAUCGUUAGUUUCUCUUAUGAAAGAAGAUAGUAUAUCUCUGAAUGAAGACAUCUAUACUGCUCUCGUUACUUGUUUUUGCAAAUCCAAAAGGUAUUUGGAUGCAUGGGUGUUGGUUUGCUCUAUGAUUCAACAUGGUUUUAUACCACAGUUGAUGUCCUACCAACAUCUGCUUUCUGGGCUUAUUUGUGAAGGACAAACAGAUAAGGCUAAAGAAAUAUUCAUGAAUUCUAGAUGGAAAGACUAUAGUCCCGAUGAGAUUGUGUGGAAAGUGAUUAUUGAUGGCCUGAUAAAAAAAGGUCACUCAGAUAUAUCCCGUGAAAUGAUUAUCAUGUUAGAGCGUAUGAACUGCAGACCAAGUCAUCAAACCUAUGCAAUGCUGACUGAGGAAUUACCUGACAGGGAAUAAUAUGCCACACAAGUCUCAUUCAUCACUCGAAGCGAAAUCCCCAUCAGCUGUGCAAACUGGCAUCUCAUUAGGUGCUGUUCAAGCACAAGGUGCACCAAGUGAUGUGAAAUGGAUCAUCCAACAUACUCUCUCACACACAAAAUGAGUUCACGCUCUAUUUGCUCUCUGGAAGUGAUUAUCAGAUUUUUGAAGACUGAUAUGAGCGCAAAGCAUUUGAAUCCAGAUUGUGUGUGUGCCUGUACUAUAUCAGGUCGACAGAUAGUGUUUACAGAUUUGUAGGAGCCAAAAGUCCCAUACCGCUAUGGCAGGCUUCGCUACUUUAUUAUUUUAUUGAUCUGAAGAGAGGUUGCCAAGUUUGAUUCGACGAUUUUGUCACGGAUCUUCUGAGUUACUGUGUGGCACAAUUUCUGAUGCUGGUUGUUGAACCGAUGAGUGAUCUGAUUUUUUUGGGUGGCAAGUAUUGUUGCCAGUAAAAUAUAUGGAAGGGCCGAAAGAUUUGGAAAUGCACUCAGCGAUCAGUUUCAAUAAAUCAUCAACAUAGGAAUUACUGGUAAGCCUCUUUCAACUUUUGCAUAAUGAAUCUUCAGUUCUAAUUCCAUGUGCAAUAUAGGUAGAUUUAUCUGUAAUUGACUGACAAAAUGUUCCAAGAGAAGGAACUAAUCUGGUCGGCUACUAACUUGUUUGCACUGCCAGUAAUAUUGAAAUAAGCAGCAAUCUUGAAGGUGUGUACGCGCAACUCGAAUAAUAUUUGCAUUACGUUGGCGCUGUAAAAGGAAAUCAUGAGUUGAUGCUACGAUAUCAGUACUGUUA